UAUUUUCUUUUGGAGGCAUUUUAUGAGGGAUGUUGUUAACGAUGUUUUGGAAGAAUGUAAGGCUUGUUCGCGCGAGGCCACUUAUAUUGUACUAUGCAAAAAAUUCAUUCUCGGAAGUAUGCAGUGCGAGCAAAAGUCCAUUGCCUGGAGAGCCAGCCAAACCUUUUACGCUAACAGAAAUUCCAGGACCGAGAUCUAAAGCUCUUCUUGAAGAAUUGAGCAAGAUGCAGCAAGCUGGAAGUGUACAGUACUUUGCUGACUAUCAGAGGUCUAUUGGAAACUAUUUGGCUGAUGUGGAUGGAAAUGUAUUUCUGGAUUUGCACAUGCAGAUUGCUUCAAUUCCACUUGGAUAUAAUCAUCGGUCCAUCCUUGCUGCACUGUCUUGCCCUGGAAAUCAAAGAGUUAUGGCAAACAGGCCUGCACUGGGACUAUUUCCUGGGUUGGAGUGGCCUUGCAAACUGAGAGAUAUUCUGCUAAAACCAGAUGUAGCUCCUAUGGGAUUGCAAAAUAUUACUACAAUGAUGUGCGGUGCUUGUGCGAAUGAACAUGCUAUGGAAGCUGUUUUCAUAAAAUGGGCAGAUGUCAGGCGUAAUAGAGGUCCUUUUACAGAAGAAGAGAAGAAAUCAGCUCCUUUUAACAAGCCACCGGGUUGUCCAAAGUUGUCCAUAUUGUCUUUUAAAGGAAGCUAUCAUGGAAGAACACUUGGAGCAUUGGCUGUAACGCAUGGAAAUUAUAUUCACAAAAUUGAUAUACCAACGCUAGAUUGGCCCAUUGCUCCAUUUCCAAGAUAUCAGUAUCCUUUAGAGCAACACGAGGGUGAAAAUAAACAAGAAGAUGAAAAGUGCAUUGCUCGGGUUGAAGAACUUAUUGAAAACAGCAAUAGCACUUCCCCUGUAGCAGGUAUUAUAGUCGAACCAAUACAGUGUGAAGGAGGUGAUAAACAUGCUUCACCAGAAUUUUUUCAACAAUUGCAAUGCAUUACAAAGAAAAAUAAUAUAGCACUGGUCAUGGAUGAAGUGCAAACAGGAGGAGGCACAACUGGAAGAAUGUGGUGUCACGAGUACUUCAACUUGCCUUGCUCACCUGAUAUUGUUACGUUCAGUAAAAAAAUGCAAUUUGGUGGAUAUUAUCACACAUGUGAAUACACACCUAGAAAACCAUACAGAAUAUUUAAUACUUGGAUGGGAGAUCCUGAAAAACUAAUUAUUCUGGAAGCUAUAUUACAAACAAUACAAGCAGAAAACCUGUUGCAUAAUGUUUGCACGGUUGGGAAUUAUUGCCUAACUGAACUUAAUAAACUUCAGUGCGAGUUUCCAGAACUCAUGAAUUCUGUACGUGGACGUGGAUUUAUAAUAGCAUUCGACAUGUGCAGUAAGGAAACAAGGGACGAAGUCCUGUACAGAAUCCGCUGCAAAGGUAUACAAUUAGGUGAAAGUGGAAAAACAACAAUAAGACUAAGACCCUGCUUAAUAUUUGGUGAAUAUCAUGUGGAUAUUCUUCUGGAAAAUUUAAGAACAGUACUCUGUGAACUCAGUGGAACAUAACAAAGCUUAAGAAGCCAAGAACACAAACGCAAUUCAACCUUAUCCCAUGUACCAUUUUAUAGGAGAACAUUAUUUUAUAUACUUAA